ACUCAAGACUGUCAGAAAAGCUUUUCUCUACCCUAGCCUACUGGAAUGAAAAGAAAGCUGUGCUGGAAGCCAGUUUGUUACAAGAUUAGUACUUUACUACUGCCAUCCUUUUUGGCUGCUCUCCAGAAUCAAGGUGUGCUGUGACUGGCAGAGAACAGAUUGGAUAUGGAUCCUGUUUUAAAGAGUCCAGCGAAUACUACUUUUUCAACUACAGGAAAAAAAGAACCUCAAAAAUUACCUUCGGAUUCAAAAGAUAAGUCUGCUCUCUUGAAAGCAGGAGGGAGUAUGAAACCGUUUAGACUAAAUAGUAGUGGGUCAGGAGGGACAUUGUCAUCAGCUGUGACUGAAUCUUCUGUUACUGGACUAGGUGGGGCAGUGUUGUCUGCUGUUAGUGGAUCGUCUGUUACUGGGCUUGGAGGAGCAGUACCAUCCAUUGUCAAUAGUUCUUCUUUUACUGGGUCACCUGAACAAAUACCAUCAGUUGCCAGUGGAUGCACUAUUACUCAGACAAGUGGACUCACAGUUUACCAGUCACAACACUCGCAUACUUCUGAAUCCACAGGAGUUCUGACAGCAACAAAUAGGACAUCAUCUGUGCCACUGGCGAAAUGUGUCAUCAUGGGACCAGAGGAAAUGGUGUUAGAGAACUUGGGAGGCAUGCAGACUGAGGGAUCUGGGACCUCUCCAGCAAGUGGGUUACAGCCAAACUGGGCAAGUGGAUCAAGUGAUUCACAAAAGAGAUUUGUCUCUAUGAGACCUGCUGAACCAGACACUGUAGGAUCAGGAUUACAUCACAAAGUGUCCAGUGAACUAAACCCUGUGGGAUUAUGUAUACCACCAAAUAAAGGCCUGACCCCUAGCAAACCAGAUGGGACACCAAAUAAAGGUAUGGAAACUGUGAACUCCUUUGGCUUGUCUAAUGUGGGACUAAAGCAAUACGUGCCACAGACAUUAUGUAAUUCUGCCCCUUUAAAUCCAGAUACAUCACAACAUAAAGUAUUUGUUGGCUCACAGCUGGAUGGAAACUCUGCAUUUCAGUGUGGAGGAUCAGGAAAAGUUGUCCCAGAAAGAAUUACAGCCACAGACGGAGAAGCUAGUGAUGAUGAAUUCAGGAUACGUAUAAUAACAUGGAAUGUGGGAACCGCUGAACCUCCAGAUGAUGUCACUUCACUUCUUGGACUAAAUGCUGGAGAAGGAAUCACAGACAUGUUCAUUAUUGGCUUGCAGGAAGUGAAUUCAAUGAUUAACAAACGACUGAAAGAUGCCAUCUUCACUGAUGAGUGGAGUGAACUAUUCAUGGAGGUACUUGGUCGCUUCAACUAUGUGUUGGUAACAUCAGUAAGGAUGCAAGGAGUGCUUCUAUUAGUGUUUGCAAAAUACUUUCACCUGCCCUUCCUGCGAGAUGUCCAGACAGAGUGUACACGGACUGGAUUUGGUGGCUACUGGGGAAAUAAGGGAGGGGUUAGUGUAAGGCUGUCCGUAUUUGGCCACAUGGUCUGCUUUUUGAACUGUCACUUACCAGCACACAUGGAGAAUGCAGAGCAAAGAAUGAAUACGUUUGAGAGUAUCUUACAACUUCAGCAGUUCAGUGGGCCUUUGGCGAAUGGAGUACUGGACCAUGAUGUUGUCUUUUGGUUUGGUGAUUUGAACUUCAGACUGGAAGAUUACGACCUGCAAUUUGUGAAAUAUGCUAUUGACUGUGAUAGACUUCAUCUUCUAUGGGAGAAGGACCAGCUGAACAUGGCAAAAGGUGUUGAACCUGUUCUAAGUGGAUUUAUUGAAGGCCCCCUGAAAUUCCCACCAACGUACAAGUAUGAUGUGGGGACAAACAACUAUGACAGCAGCAGUAAAAAACGGAAGCCAGCCUGGACAGACCGAAUACUUUGGAAAAUCAAGGAUAUAAGCCGUUUAAAUGAAUCCCAGAAUCCAGUUUGUGACAGUAGAGUCACUGUGACCCAGCGCUGCUACUCAAGUCACAUGGAGUACCUUGUGAGUGAUCACAAGCCAGUGUCAGCAGUGUUUUAUUUGAAGUUCUCUUAUAGAGUGAGCAGCCCUCUGGUUCAUCUGGAAGUUGAGGAUGAGUGGCAUAAUCCAUCAGAAGCUGUUGUGAAAUUCAAGGUGGCACCAACCUUUUCAAGGAGCUCCUGGGACUGGAUUGGCCUUUACAAGGUGGGCUUCCAUCAUCACAAAGACUAUGUGGCAUACGUGUGGGCACGACAGGAAGAUUCUGAUGGAUUUGUAGAUCAAUACCAGGCUGUGUUUAAUGAAGAAUCAUUGCCAAAAGGAACAGGAGACUACAUCCUUGGUUACUACAGCAACAAUCUCAAUACAAUUGUUGGGGUUACAGAACCCUUCCAGAUAUUGUUACCAGGCUCAAGUUCCAGCUCAGAGCAGUCAGAAAGUUCUGAUUCAAGUUCAGAUGGUGAGGACAACAGCAUGUUAGAACUCCUUCGCCCUAAAUCUCGCAGCCCCAGCCCUGGGAUGAAGAGACAACAUGGUAGUCGCAGUCGGAGCCGUAGUCCUGGCCUGCCAAAGUUUCAGGCCCUCAAUCUCAUGGUGUCUUCUCACCGUAAAGGAAAGAACAGAAGCCCAUCUCCUCGAGGAGCUCGGACUCCAAAACAUGAAGUGAGUAGUGACCAUAUCAGUCACAUACCAGGCAGCACACAGAGUUCUGAUAAUUCUGGAAAGCACAGGAAUUCACGGAGUUCUGUUCAGAAGGUAACUUCUUCAAAGGACGGUUUCAAGAACAAAGGCGGAAAAUAUAGAGAAACUGAAAAGGAUGGACAGGGGGCUAAUGAACAAAAGAAGGGAGCUCCUCACACGUUACAGGCUAAUCAGCCCUGGAGUACAACCACUGUUACUUACGUGCAGCCUGUUGUUUCAGUGAAAAGAUCACCAAGUACUGGGAAAGGUUCAUCACACAGCAAAGCUGCACCAGAUUCUGCUCGUGGCACAGCCACAUCUGAAGGGAAAGAAACCAGCACUCUUAAAGCUGUAGCUCAAGGGAACACAUCUCCUAGCCACAGGGAGCAGUGAAAGAAAUAAAAAGCUAGAUUUAUAAUCCAUCACUUACAUGCAAAACAAUGAUUUAAAGAGCACCUAGGAGCCAGAAUUAAGAGUAUCUGCAAUGACUUAUGCCCUAUAGAGAUUUAUUUCUAUAAAAGUAUAAUCCUUUUUUGUGACUGUGGAGGAUUUCUGAUAUAUUACUCAGUGCCCCUGUAAUUGGACAAAAGUGGUCUUUUUAAACAUUUUACCCAAAUAGACAGUACUUGGAUUGAUUCUUUACAAACAUUAUAUCCAAACAGUACUUCAUUGAUUUGAUGUUGGGACAGCACACAUACAGCAUCUAUGCUGCAUUAAUUUCUGGAUGCUCUUUACCCACGUACUUGAAACUAGCAAUUCAGUAUGUUUUCAGCAUUAAUCUAAAGUCAUCUCUUCUGUUAACAUGGGGAUAUCUCUACUGAUCCAAUGUUAGUUUUACACUAUACAAUUUUUUGUAAUUGCCUCUUCGAUUCACUUAUACUGCUUUGGAUUUUUAAGUCAGACUGUCACAUCUCAAGGGGAGGGUGCAACUUGAAAUACAACAAUUGGGGAAUAUAUGUGAGUGUACCUUCUGCUGGAAAACAAAGCAGAGUACCUAUAAAGAAAGAGGUUAUCUCAGAAGAAAGCAGUAUGUCUUCUGUGAAAACUGGCCUCAGUGUAAUAUAACACUUCCAGCAGUGAAGGUAUCAAUUUUGCGCUACAAUAGAUACUAAAAUGUAAACAAUUUUUUUCAUAAAUAAAAAGAUACUAAGGGAUACAUUAUGAUAUAAAAUGUAAAUAAUAACCCAUCCUCUAAUUAGUGGGCAUAUGCAGAAUCAUCAAUGUUCAAAAGGAUAUAUUGUGAUAUAAAAUGUAAACAACCCAUCCUCUAACCAGUGGGCAUAUGCAGAAUCAUCAGUGUUCAAAGAAUGCUUCUGCUGGUGAAGAUGCAAAUUUCAUGUUUAGACAUUUUGUUUCAUAUGUUGGUAAUGUAAUUCGGGUUAUGCAGCAUGCUGUCUUUCAGAGGUACUGCAUUUGCUUAACGUCUCUUUGCAGAUACUGUACAAUUAGUAGCUACAGAGAAGCCAUGCCUAGUUAAAUACCAUCUCCAUCCAACCAUGAGCAGCUUGAUGUUUGACAUAUUUUAGGGGGUUGAUAAUGGGUUGAUAUACACAGAAGUGUCAUAUUGGGGCAUGCUAACAGUGUAAAAUCCAACAUUUCUGAAAGGUAUUACAGUAUUCACUUUCUUGCUGUUGCCAUCUUCUUUCAGACCCUUUACUGCAUGGUUUGUCAUGAAGUUUCAGUGUAGAAACAUUUAGUAAAACUGCAGCCCACAAUCUUAAGUAAAGCACCUUGUACCAACUAUUGUGAUUUCUAUAGCAAGUUUGGCUCCUUGGUCCCAGAAUUUCUUCCCACAUAAGAACAGCAUUUCCCUUUUUAAGACAUGCCAGUCACCUCAUUCCUGCAGGUGCCAUUCAUGGGAGUACAGCAUACAACACCACACAAUACAUAUGUUCUGCUUUUCCCUCUUUUGCUGUGAUAAUGAAAGCCCAGGCCUCUCUAAAUCCACCCAGACUGAAGUACAUUAUCUUCUCAUUGAUAAACCAUAUAGACUCUUAUAUAAGUAAAGCAAUGUAUGCCAGAAAUUAACCUUAAAGGGGGCUUAACUUAAAGGUAUUGAUAGUUUCUUUUGGCAAUCAAUUAUCUGAUAUUAAAGAAAGUGAAUGAAUAAUGAUGAUAGUGAUGUAUUUCAACUUGCUGCUGAUUUUCAGAGCCAUAUCUCCACUCUGAACAUUGUAUUGGCCAAAGUACUGUAUUUCAAUUUCAACUUUGCUGCUACCAUUUCCAGACUGCACCCCCCACACACACACACACACACACAUACACACAGUACAGUUGCUGUAGUGGCCAAAUAAGGUAUUUCACUUUCAACUUUACUGUUGUCAUUCACUGAUAAUCUACUACACACCCAAGUGUUUUGGUGCUCAUAGUACUCUAUUUACGUUUUAGCUUUGGUGCUGUCAUUCACUGGCAUACACUCACACACCCCAGUUGCUGUAGUAGCAAAAGUAAUAUAUUUCCAUUUUAAAUUUGCUGCAGGCAUUCUCAGACACACUCUUGACACACCAUGAUUGCUAUAAUGGCCACAGUAAUGUAUUUUUAUUUCAACUUUGCUGUGGUCAUUCAUAGACCACCUGACUCCAAUUACUGUAAGUGUUAAAAAAAAAAACUGUAACAUCACAUAGUUCAAGAAUAUAGAUUGGCUAGCCAUGUCUUGCUACUGCAUGAGAGAAGUUAAGAGUACUUACAUUCACUUAUUCGUUGAUUCUCUAUCUGACUUGUCCUUAUAUCACUGCUGAUUAGGAUAAUGUGGCCAGUCAGAGAACAGAUGAAUUAAUAAAUUGAUGAAUGAAAAAAAUGAAUGACUAAAAACCUUACUGAUACCUCAACUUGUACAGGGGUCAAUGCUUUUAAAUUUUUUUUUGAUAUUCCUGUUGUCUUCAACUUAUCGAUAUGUCACACAUGUAUAUAUGGUAUGUUCAUAUACACUGUCCAAAUUUCACUUUUUAUCAUUUCAGGACAGCAUUCAGUGAACUCACAACUGUAACCAAGGUAUCUCCUGGAAGUACCUGUUUAGUAAUAUUUUGUAGGUGCUGACUUAUAAUCCCCUCUUUAGAACUAUGUCACAGUAUGAUAUUUCAUUUAGCUGCAGGCAGCUGACUUGAUGACUUCAGAACUCCCUUUUGUUAUUGCAAGUGUUGAAGAUCUCCACACUCUAUAGCAGAUAGUAUAUGUAUAUCCCAUAGAGAUAUACAUGCACAGUGAGACAUAUCUCUCAUGCUUUAUUUUUAUUGCAUGGCCUGACCCUUUAAGUCAUACUAGAGCUACUUCAAAGUUCUGCUUUUGCCUACUGGUGCAAACGUGUUACCCCCUUUUUCAAUAACACUGUAGAUUCUAAAAUGAGACCGAGAGCAAAAAUAAAAAGGAAGAAGAUCAUGUUAUCCGACACACUUCCAUCAUUUAAGACAAUGGAAAUUGAGGGCCUCAUGUUUUUGAGUUAAGCCUGUUGUAAUGGUUAUGUUAAAUGGUACUCAGGGUGAUCCUUGAGCACUUUAAUAGUAGAGUUUCCACAUUUAGACCUAUCAUGAUGCAUUUUAACCUGUAAAUAGAGAUUACGAUAACAGUACUUUCCUUUUGAACAGAAAACAUGAAACGUAAACUGCACAGGAAGGUAAAUUGUUCAAUGACUGCAAAUCUGUUAAGAAAUUGAUGUAGUAAUACAUGCGCAAUUAUGAUUAUUAUUAUUAGUGGCAACCCAGUAUUAAUUGAUUUACAGUAUUCUUGAAAAGCUUUAAUAUACUGUGGUGACUUCAUGUCUGUCUAGAUUUCCUGUUUAUGUUUUGUUUAUUGUACUGUAAAUUGUUAUUAUUCAUGUAGUCCAGGCUAUCAGACUUGCACUGUACAUUAGCAGUUAGUAUGCUGAAUUGGAUAUGUUGUUUCAGUGUGUGAUGGUACAGUAGUGACAAGGGAUGGAUGUAUGGCUUGCACUCUGAACUGGGAAGGUUCUAUGAAGAAAAUGAGUUCACACUGUUUACGUCUGACACAAUAAGCAUAUUUUUGCCUCACUAUUACAACAGUAGGCCACUACUGUAACAAGCAAUGCCUGCUCGUGGAUUAUUAGCAUGUUCUUUGUGACAUUCAUAUGAUAAGGCAGGAUACACUUACAGUCAGUGCUUGCUGCUUGGUCAUUAACAUAUUGUGUGGGUCACUAGUAUGGUAACGGGGGGGGGUCAGUACAGUAAAACACAACACAUACUUCUCAUUCAUUAGCCCGUGGCUUUCGCCUUUUGGUCACCUUUUCAUGACAACUCUUCAACUUUACUUUGAACAUUUCAUUUAGCACCAUGGUGUUUUUUUCAGAAAAGCAUUUCACAGUGGAAAGACAGACAUGCAUUUUAUUUUGUCUAAACUUUUGUGAACCAGUUACUACAUAAAACAGUGCAUGUAGUGUGUGUGUGUGUGUGUGUGUGUGUGUGUGUGUGUGUAUGUACAACAGAGAGAGAGUUUGCAUGCACAUACAAUGUCUGAUAGUAUUUUUUCUCCUUUUCAGCAUGGGGUCCUCCAGUAAGUUAUGCACCUUAGAGUCUGAAAAAAAAAACGUAUCUCUGUUGCAUACCUACUUUAUUGUUUCAUGUAUUUCAGCACAGUGGCAACAUAGAUUCUGGCUCUGAUUCCAAAAAAAAUGAUUGCAGUGUAAGUGACCAGUUACACUGAGAGCAGUCAGAGCAGGAGUUUUGGAAUCUGGUCCUUGUAAUAAGUGUGUUUAUGGAUAGGCCUUACACUGAAGUAAAUCACUUAUACUGAGGGGAGAUCUUUCAGAAUCCGGGCAGACUUACAUUGAGAACAACUCUUUUGGAAUCUGGCCCACUGUUAAAAAAAAAAAAAAAAAGUUAAUCUGGUCACCACCUUGCUGUAAAUGACUUGGGUUAUUUAAAAAGGUAAUAUGACUUGGUUUGGGAAUAGAGGUUAGUUCUAGGUGAAUAACCUGCGUAGGAGUGAUUGUGCUCCCAGAAGGCAGCCUGUCCUUCCUGGAGACCAUGUAUGUUUGCUAUGAUUUACAUGUAAAGGAUACCUACUGUAGUAUGCAGCUGUGUAUCUGGAACUAAAGGUGGACAUAACAUGCCUACCUCCUGCAGUGAAGAAACCAGAGCAAGCUCCAAAACUGCCAUUUUGAAUGCCUGCAUUGGGCAUUUGCCAUAUGGAGGAAAAUGGUGCAUGUCUUGGCAAUGGUACAUCCCACCUGUUAGGAGGAAGAGAACAUUACACGUUAUGAUUAGGCAUUGUCAGUGCUGAACAGUGACAGGAUACAGUGCAUGACUGUAAUUUUUGGAGGUGCAGUUAAGUUUGUUAGCUUAAGAAGAUUACAGAAAGCUUAUAGUAAAUUUUAAAAAUAAAAAGCUUACUCUUGUAUAAAUUAUUUAUCUGUAAAAGUAAACUGUUUUACUUAUUUUCAGUCAAGGUUUUGAGAUUGCCACAUAAUAAAAAUAAAAGUAUUAUAAACCGCAAACAUUUCUGAAGUUUAAUUGUUAUUGUUAUCUAUACGUGAAGAUAUAGGACUGUUUGUAUAUGUUGAUCCUUAUAAUGUUUUCUUAUAAUUUUGUUUGUAAAAAUAAACAGGAAUAGGGAUCCUUUUUCUGUAAGCAUAUGCUUUUGAGGAAAUUGUAGAAGAAUAUGGCUUUUAAUAUAUUGUAAUUAAAGCAUUAUAUAUAUUUUGAGGCAAAUACACUGUCAGAAUGUCCUGCAAAUUGUAAAUAAUUGUAUGAAAUUACCUUAAUGAAUAUAUAUUUGGAGAAUGAUAAUAUAAAGCAAAGAUCUGUCUCUAUGACAGAUUUUUUAACUUUCUGUACUUUACAUAGCCAAUCAGAAUCUGGUUAAGCAGUUGAAGGUUCUCUUUUAGACAUGUUUAUUGUAUUUAUUAUAAAGCACAACUAAUGUAACCAUAAGACAAUCGAACCAUACCAAAUCUGAUAUUAAAUAUGAACACUGGAUUAUCUCUUUAAAGGUAAAUAAAAAGUGCUGAAAAAGCCAA